AUGGUAUCCUAUUCACAACUGCGGAAGUUGGUUGAGGAUCACUAUAAACCACUCAUUGCAGUUGAGUCAUCGAAUUUUGCAGAGCAAGUAUGCAAAAGAGUAGGUUUGUCAACCAUCCAGUUGCUCCGCCCCUAUGCAGAACAAGAAAAUUUAAUGAGUUUCAUCAAGUUUGAAAAUCGGAGUGUUCCUCUUGAUCGUGUCUCAUUUCAUCUGGAAUACACGGAGUCGAUAAGCCAUUGGGAUGAAACAAAAAUCGAGGAAUCCCUUCUCCAAACCCUAAUUCUACACAAGCCUUCUACUGAUACGAUUCAUCAAAUGGUUCGUGAUCUUUGUGAUGGAAAAGCGACAACCGAUACAAAUCAAGAUUGGCUCCUUGACUUUACUUCGUCUUUGCUAACUGCUUGCCGUUUUGGGGAAUUCAACUUACUGCAUCAUCCACUUGGCGUGUUUUUAGUCGUUUCGAGCGAUGAUCCAGACCCUAUCCUGCGGUUUGAUGAAUUGUCGCAGCGAGUGCUCCAUUAUCCACGGUUCUCGAUGGGGAUGUACAACAAAGCAAUUCCGUUUUUCUACAUUCUGCUCCACGACACUGGCUCCCGUGUCGAUGUCGAUGACCUGCUUCGACGAAUGAAAUCUUCGUUUAACGCUUCCCAGUGCAAAGUCAUUCGCUUUAACACCGAUGCUAAAGAAUCUCUGGACUGGGGAGACGACGAGUCCUCUCCCAGCUUCGCUCUUUCCGCGGAAAACGAGCAAAGCGUGCGCGAAAUCAUGCAAAACGUCAUUUCGAAAAGCAUUUUACCGAACCUGCAAAGGCUCAUCGAGUCCUAUACGCAAGCAGUGAUCGCAGAUCGUCGUGGCAGCUCGAACAUUCUAGCGACCAAUCAGGAAGAAGAACUGGUUCUGUACCAUUGCGACACGAUCGAGUUUAAGAUUCGUUUUCUCGCCGAUAUGGCGUUUCUCUUCCACGACUACGAGUCCGCAAUCGAUUACUACCAAAUGAUAUUCGAUGAUUAUCGCACCACGAGCUCCUUCUUCCAGCUCGGCGAGGUUUUCUCCAUGGUCGCACUCGCCUUCUUUCUCCUCGGAUCGCAGCCCGGACAGGGCGGCAUCCAAGUCCGCGAGGUGCAAUACUAUUUCAAGCAGGCCUCCAAGUUCUACGCACUCACCACCACGCCCAUCGCUCGUUUCCACGAUUCUCUCUCCCUCAUUCUCCUUUUACUCUCCAUGGGGUGCCAGGAACUCGCUCGCAAAGCCCAGAUCAUUUCUCUCCACGAUCAAAUCGCCCUCCUCGCCUCCUACACCUCCGUCUACGACACCAUUUCCGCGGUUUUCCUCACUUGGGCAGGCCUCCUACAGCUCCAAAACCGCCAGAAACGCGCCUCGUUCUCCCUCGUCCUCGCGUAUCUCCGCUAUCACAAACUCCGCCUGCCCGCCUACGCCGCGUGGAAUCUUCUCACCGCCUGGACCGCCAUGAAAACCGCGGAAUGGCCCCACAUCCAAUCCUAUUUCAAAACGAAACUCCUCGAUCUUCUCGCCGAGGAAACGCCCUUCGAUGAGGAACUCUUUCGAAGGGUCCAGUCCAUGGCCUAUGGAUCGAAUUCGAUGGAAGCCACCCGCCAAAAUGUCCCGAUUCCCGAUUUUUUCAAGCCCAUCGAGAACAUUCCCGCGGGUUUCGCCCCCUUCGCUGCGCAAAUCGCGGUUCCGCUCAUCCGGUCCACGUGCGUACGCUAUCAGGAGAACCGCGGGGAGGACGACCCCGCGAACUGGCCGCAUCUGAGCGAUAACCGCGAGGAAGACGUCCGAUUUGCCGCGAUUCUGAGCCGGAUCGUUCGAAGUCACGUGACCGCGUCGAAGAUUCCCCAGUUCCACGAAGGCGACGGGUACAACCGAAAAGGGGAAAAAAGGGAAACCGUGGUAUCGAUCGGCCAGAAAAUCGCGGUGGAAAUCGAGGUCCAAAACCCGCUCAACGAAGUUUUGAAAUGCCCCAAAAUCGAUUUGGGGGUUCGUGGAAACGUGGAAACCCAGUCGAGCUCGAUGGAAUUGGGUCCGUUGGAGCGGAAAGUGCUCACGCUGUUUGUGGUUCCGCGGGAAUCGGGCGAAAUUGACAUCGAAGAGAUUCGGUUCGAGGUCGAAACGGCCUCUCAAAAACGCAAAAUAACCGCGAAACAGCCGCUUUCGCUUCCCGGAAUUCGAUUGAAUCACACGCUGGAGCAGCGUCAGAACAAUAUCCGCGGGAAUGACACCGCGUUGCACAUGCAUGUCGUCCCGCAGGAUUGCGCGCUGAGCGUCGAGCUGGGCGAAUUCCACGAUUUCCACUAUUUCUCAGAGCUCUCGAAACUCCCCAUUACUCUCACGAACCGCGGGAAUUGCCCGAUUUCGGGGGUAAUCCUGCUGACAAACAACUAUCAUUGGUUCCCUCAUCAAUUGAAUCGAACGGUCUGCGAUGCUCUUUUCUCGCUGGGCACCAGCAGCGAGGCCGACCCCGUGCAGUGCUACUCUCUUUUAAAAGAGGGAGAGACGCUCCCGGAGGGAGUUUCACUGGAGAUCGGGAGUUUCAUUCACUUUCCGGAGAGCGAGGAGAAUGAGUUCGUGCGCGAAGGAACGAACAUUCCGAUGAAACGCCUUAUUCAUUGCAAGGAGCAGAAAAUCGCGGUGAAUGAGGGGGUUUCGUUCUAUAAAACGAUUGUGGAAAACGUGUCCGACGAGCAAAAAAUCGAGAGAAUUUCGGUCGUUUCAUCCUGUCCCUACUGCCAUAUCCAGCCCAUGUUCCCCGCGGUUCUGAAGGAUAUUGUUCCAGGUACGGUGCACAGCAUAAUCACGGGAAUAACCGCGCAAUUGGAGGAUGCAAAGAAGGAAAAGAGCGAAACGGAAAAAGGGAAUUCCAUUUAUACGGACUUUAUUGAGCAUUUCAAUCCUUUGGAGCUACGAUUAAGUCGAUUAAAUUUGGUUCCCAAAUUAGCAGAUAAAGAUCACCGAUUUGUGGACAUUGUGUGGAAAAUGGAGAAUCGGUCUGGAUAUUAUAUGAAACUCAUUGAAUAA